AUGUGCUUCUAUCACGUGAUGGACAAGAUUCACGAAAAACUCAAGAGCGUUUUGGACCGCUUAAGCGAGCAGGUGAUGGCGGACAUUUACGACCUUCAUUUCGCGAUGACCUCAGCUGUCUAUGACGAACGAGUAAAACAAGUGCUGACGAAAUGGUCAGUGUUUUCAUACGCCGAGUGGAUUUGCUACAACGAACAACCCGGUCGAACAGUUCAACAGGUUGAUAAAGCGUGA